AUGGUCCCCAAUAUGCGAGCGCUUCUUAUCUCAAGCUCAUAUAACGGGCUUCUUGGACCGGCCAACGACAUAAGACUCAUGGGGAGCGUCCUUGGCCGCAAAGGGUUCAAGAUAACAGAAUGCUCUGGGCACAAUGCCACCCGAGAUGAAAUCAAGUCAGCCUGGUCGAAGCUUAUUCAGGAAUGCUCUGAUCAAGAUGUCGUCGUGAUUUACUAUUCAGGGCAUGGAAGCCUGGUCCAAUCGCCCAUACGUCCAACAGCGGGUUCAGAACAGAGAGCAAAUGAUGAAAAAGCGCCUUGGCGCUAUCAGUUCCUUGUUCCCAUGGACUACCAUAAAACGACGAACGAAGACUUUAGGGGCCUAUUGGAUGUUGAGCUAUCACAUCUGCUUCGCGACACAACCCAAAAGACCAAGAAUGUUACGGCUAUACUUGACUGCUGUCACUCUGGUCGCAUGUCGAGAGACCCCGGCCUCGGCCCAAGGGCAGUUCCUAGAUAUAUUGCCGAGCAGGAGCAUGAACGCAUUGGAGAGUAUGUGGAGGGACUCAGAAAAAAGGGGGAACUCAAGGGUGAGACAUUCCUCGAGGGCGACCCACACGCAGUCCGAAUCGUUGCCUGCAACACCAGUGAAAGUGCCUUUGAGUAUGAAACUACGUCUGGCUCGUGGAGUGGUGCCUUCACGGAAGCUCUUGCUCAGGCACUGGAGGAAUCGAAUGGGCAGGAGGUGUCCUGGAGCACCAUGAUGCUCCGUGUGGGACAGCUUGUGAAUGUCCGCUUUCCCCAGCAACAUCCGCACUUGGAAGGACCGCACGAUCGUAUCCCAUUUACCCUCAAGGGAGCAUCAAGGUCAUUGUUUCUUAGCAUGGAAGGGGAUGUGGCAAUAUUGUCCGCAGGAAGGGUUGGCGGCGUUCGGGAGAACAAUGUCUACGCGAUAUACCCUUUCACCUCUGGAGCAGGCAAUCCCAGAUCCCAGAUCGCCACAGCGUUCGUCACCAAGGUUGAAGGGUUCAAGUCUCGUGUGCACCUGGAAUUCGAAGAGGAAGAAAAGUGCAUCCCUGCAGAGGGUGCAGAAGCAGUCUUAGAGCAGGAGGCACUGUAUGAGUGGCCCAUUGAGUUUCCUGCAGGCCUCGAAGGUCUCCAGCUCCUUGUGGACAAUUCUCGAUACCUUCGGCCUCGUAAUGCGGACGACAAAGACUCCCUCGCGGUAAUUCGGCAAAGCGGCCCCACCAUUCAAGUUAUCAAUAGCAAGGGAAUUCCAAUAUCAGAAAGGACGGCACACGGCCCAGACUCAUUGCCUCGGGUAGUCAAUGAUAUUGUCCUUGAUGCCGAAGAGCUUGCCCGCGGACAGCAUCUGCUUGGCUUGCACUGCGAAAGUCCUGAAGAGAGGCUCCGCCAUAGAAUCAAAAUCGAAUUUGGGCUCGUCGUAAAAGAGAAACGGGAGAGGAUAAUCCCUCAGGAUGGCACGGGUUACUUGGCAGACGGCGACCGCAUCUAUAUUGACCUACGCAACGAGGGUGACAACACUGUCUACAUAUCCGUAUUUGAUGUCGAUGUGGCUGGAGUGAUUUCUUACCUCUCACGUUCGAGCCCUAUGGGCAUUGACCUAGAAAGCGGUCGCUCAUACACACUCGGUGCACUGGAUCUCGACAGGGGUUUUCCAGGUUUUCCAGUCAGAUGGCCGGACCAAGUUCCGAGGAGGAAGGGCGUUGACGAGAGAUUGGUGGCCGUGGUAACCAGCUCGCCGGUGAGCAUUGGAUAUUUGGGGAAGCCGCGCAAUGGAACAAAACUUCGUUCAUCUGGGAAGGCACCUGGUAACCAGUCCAACCUGGAGCAACUGAUUGAUACCAUCUCGAGCGCUCGAUGGCGCAUUAUUGAUGCCCUAGAAGAAUCUCCUUCCAUCCGCUACGACAUUAUCCAUAUUCCGUUCACACUUCGAACCAGUCAUAGCGACAGCGAUGGUCUACAUACCGACCAGCCGGUUAGGGCUCCUGUGCCUCAAACAGCGAUCGGUUAA